CUAACAGAAACAGAAAUGGUAAGAGAAAAUCAUACCGCAUUCUCCGAAUUCAUUCUCCUUGGAUAUUCAGAUGCCCCAAAUCUGCAAGUGUUGCUUUUUGCCAUAUUCCUAUUCAUCUAUGCAGACAUCAUCUUAGGAAAUGGACUAAUCAUUUACAUUACGCUAACUGACCCUGCUCUGCACACUCCAAUGUAUUUCUUUCUAAGGAACCUGUCCUUUGUGGAGAUUUGCUACACCUCCGUUACUCUCCCAAAGAUGCUGGAGAAUUUAGUGGUGGAGAAAAGAAGCAUUUCUUUUCUUGACUGUGCUGCCCAGAUCUACUUCCCGCUUGUACUAGGGGGCACUGAAUGCUUGCUUCUGACUGCCAUGGCUUACGACCGCUACACGGCCAUAUGUAACCCUCUGCAUUACAGACUCAUAAUGAACAAACGGUUCUGCUCAGGAAUUGUCACUGGAUCUCUGAUUUUCAACCUGUCUGCCCAUGCAGGGCAAACAUAUCUGGUGUUUACCUUGCCCUUUUGUGGCUCUCAUGAAAUUAACAACUUAUUCUGUGAUAUUUCUCCCUUAUUAGAGUUGGCCUGUGCUGAUACAUACAUCAAUCAUGUUGCUGUCUUUGUGGCCUCCACAGUUUUCAUAAUCAUCCCUUUUUUCCUCAUCCUGGCUUCCUAUGUGAAAAUAAUUUCUGCUAUUCUGAGGAUACCUUUGAUAGGUGGUCAGAAGAAAGUAUUUUCCACUUGUUCUUCACAUCUCAUUGUGGUAUCACUCUUCUAUGGCUCAGCAAUGAUGGUCUACUUGAAUCUUGGAUCCAAGAAGUCACAGGACUUUAACAAGUUGAUUUCCUUGUUUUACACAGUUUUGGUUCCGAUGUUUAAUCCCAUCAUAUACACCUGGAGAAAUAGAGAAGUGAAGGUAUCCUUAGGGAAAUUGUUUACUAAAAACAGUUGA